GCCGGCCGGGUGACAUCACGCCGGGACCGCCCGGGCCGCGGCGGGGAGGCAGAGAGGGCUCCUGGGCGCCGGCGGAGAAGCCACGUACUCGGACCUCGGACGCCCCCGCCCCGCCGCGGUUAUGUACGACUCCGAGCGCGGCUGGAGCCUGUCCUUCGUGGGCUGCGGCUUCCUGGGCUUCUACCACAUCGGGGUGACCCGCUGCCUGUGCGAGCGCGCCCCGCACCUCAUCCGCCACGCGCACAGGUUCUUCGGGACCUCGGCCGGGGCGCUGCACUGCGCCGUCUUCCUCUCCGGGACCUCGCUGGACCAGACGCUGGAGAUGCUCAUGGGCCUUGUCCGCAGUGCCAGGAGCCGGAGCCUUAGCAUCCUCCACCCAUCCUUCAACCUGAGCAAGCGCCUCCGAGAUGGUCUGCGCAGAAUCCUCCCAGACAACAUCCACCAGCUCCUCUCUGGCAAACUCUGCAUCUCGCUCACCAGAGUGUCCGAUGGAAAAAACGUGCUGGUGUCUGACUUUCGGUCCAAAGAGGAAGUCCUGGACGCCUUGCUGUGCUCCUCCUUCAUCCCUCUGGUCAGCGGCUUCAUCCCUCCUUCCUUCAGAGGCGAGCGAUAUGUGGAUGGAGGAGUGAGUGACAAUGUGCCUUUCUUUGAUUCCAAAACGACCAUCACCGUGUCCCCCUUCUAUGGGGAGAAUGACAUCUGCCCUAAGGUCAAGUCCACGAACUUUCUUCACGUGGACGUCACCAAGCUCAAUCUGCGCCUCUGCUCAGAGAACAUCUACCUGAUAAGCCAGGCACUGUUCCCUCCGGAUGUCAAGGUACUUGGAGAGAUAUGCCUUCGAGGAUAUUUAGAUGCCGUCAGGUUCUUGGAAGAGAAUGGCAUCUGUGACAGGCCCCAUCCCGGCCUGAAUGAGUCCUUGGCAGAGUGGGACGUCCUUGAGCCACCCUGGGAGCCCUUGAGCCCGGACUCUUCCCCGGGGGUGGCCGCCUGGGAGGCGAGGCCCGAGGGAGACGAGCUGCUGGACCACCUGCGUCUCAGCAUCCUGCCCUGGGACCAGCACAUCCGGAUCCUGUCGCCCAAGCUCAUGCUAGCACUGAGGGAAGCAGCUAGAAACCCGGACGGGUACAUAAGCAAGAUGUGCAACUUCUUACCGAUUAAGGUCGUGUCCUACGUGAUGCUGCCUUGCACGCUGCCCCUGGAGUCUGCGAUUGCUGUGGUCCAGAGACUGGUGAUGUGGCUUCCAGACAUGCCUGAUGACAUCCAGUGGCUGCAGUGGGCCACCUCCCAGAUUUGCUGUCGGGUGAUGAGGUGUCUGCUCCCCACGUCCAGAUCCCAGACACCAGCAAACGGCCACCAGCCUCCCCCCACAAACCAGAACACAAAGGGCGCUGCUAGCCUCCCCACUCCUCCUUGGACCCGGACGCCCACCCCGUGGACUGGCCAGUAGAGGCCACAGCUGACGUCUGUGACGUCUGGAAGAUGACCUCGGUGCUGAGUUUAUAGCUCACUGAAGCCAAAGGCAAUCUAGUUGCUUUAGGGAAAGCCAGGAAGCUACUUUCGGAGUAGGCAGUGGUUCAGAGCUUAAGGAAACCUCACGUGCGGGCGUGGACGUGAGAUGGCUCGGGUGGGAAGUCGUAUGGGCAAGACCAGCGUGGAGGGCCCACGGCUGCCCUCUUGCAGCCCUUCAGCUGCCCGGGGAGGCUCCUAGAUUGACUGGAGGAGUUUGGGCGGGAGGCCUCGUGCAGCGGUGGGGUUGGAGGAAGAGAGAAGCGUGGUCUCUGGUACAGGAAGCGGUCAGCAUGGGGUGAGGGUGGCGAGGGGCGGCCGCUCCCGGCCACCUGGCCCCAGAACAAAGCACUGUCCCCUCGCUGAGUGGCCUGGCGUCGGGAGGCCAUGCCUGCCUGAGGCCCACGUGGACCCCAACCACCCACCUUCGUACCCCCGAGCCUGACUCUCAGGACGGAUUCCCAGCUGCCUUUUCUGUCAGAACCACAGCCUGGUGAACCUCGGCCUAAACGGACACAAUUUAACCACUAUUUACAAUUUAACCAGCACAUUCCACUAAGGCAGCAUCCUACACGCUAGAUCUGCGCUCACUCCAAGGAAAGACACGUCAAACGGCGGAUGGGAUCGCAUGGGACCUAUUUUCUCACGUGUGAAAUUAUUCCGCCUUCUUCUGAGCAGCGUGUGUUUUAUAAUUUUAAAAAAAGAAAGAAUAACGCUUCUGUCAAAAUGGCAAGGCCCCCCCUCCCACCUGGGCCGGACCCGCGACCCCGUCUGUUUACGGCUCGGUUAUGCUCUGGAACACGCCACGCGCAGGCGGCACCCGUGGGCGGUCGAUCUAAUGCCGGGGCCAGUCUGUUUGCUAAACAGAGAGCAAAACUCAUUGCACAGCAUGAGCCUGGUCUCGUUGAGAAAAGGUCAAAGAAAAAAAGGAAGAGCGUGUGGGUGGGUGUGUACCUGCAGAACAGACUGGAAGGACGUGUGCCGAAAUACUGCUGGCGCUUCCCGUUUUGCUGUUAUCCGAAAUUCUAUUUUAGAUUGAAUUUCUAUGUAUUUCUUUCGUUAAACAAUACUUCAUAAUAAAAGGUCGUUAAGGUU